GUGCAUUUUGAAGAACAUGACAUCUCUUAGAUGUCAAUUUUGUACUUCGUAUUAACUCCACUAAUAAAUGUAUACUAGAAGUAAAUUAGUGGUUACAAACUUACAUUAUGGUUUUCCUAAUCAUUAUACAUCUCUAGGACGAGUUCAGUAAGUUGUGUAUAAGAGGUUCAACAUAAAUGUUACAUAAACGUCAACCUUAAUAAUAUUAUUAACCUCUCCAUGAUGUCUCAUGAUAGGUUUAUUGCGAUAAUAGAUAUGACCAUAAUAUAUAUAUAUAUACUAUAAUUUAAUAUAAAUAAUAUGUUCUAUAAAUAAUUUAUGGCUGGAUAAUACGUCGCAUAGACUUCACAAUGUGCUAUGCAGUAACGCACUUCCGCCGAGUGCCGACCGCCACGGUGCGCCGCAGUUUAUCGAUACGCGCGCUUUUAUUAUUAUUUUAUUAUUAUUGUGUCUCAGCAGUCUCAUGAUAUAAUUUACUCAUCUCUCUAUACAAAAAAAUUUUCAACACGCGCGGAGUUGCGGAGACAUUGAGAGUGCACGUGCACAUAUUUAAUUACAGCCAUUGCAGGUUUUACGACUUCAUCGAUAAAAUCGUCAAGACACAAUUAUAAUAAUGGCAGCUAUUCAAAAACUGCAGUGGCUUAUUGGAUAUUUCCGUGAAGAAAAUCAAUAUUCAGUUGUUCCAAACAAUUGGAUAAUCCAAAAAGAUGACAAUAAACUGUAUUGUAAAUGGCCUACAAAACAACGAGUUACACCUUCCAUGUUAUCUUAGCUUAUGAUUUAUUGACAGAUUACAUGUUAUAUCCAGUUGAAAUUCUUGAAAAUUAUGAUACAUAUAAUGCUGCUGCUAAACGAGAAAAGGAAAUUUUUUUGUCUGGUUCUGAAUCUGACAGGAGUUUAGGUCGGGGCAAACGCAUUAAAAAAACAAAAUCAAUUCAUCGAUCAUAGAGAUUCUGAAAGUGAUUCUGGUAGUAUUAAUGAUUCACCAUUAAAAGUGUAUGGCCAUGGGAAUAAGAUAUCUGAAGAAAAUUAAUACAUUCUCAAAAUAAACUUAAAAAAAUAAGUGCUCAAGAAUUUAAUUUAAGUUCAAAUGUAGUUUUACAAAAAAAAACAACUGAGGAGGUAUUCAUAUUAUCUCCUCCGAGUAAAUUAAAAAAAAUUGAUUCACAAGAAGUUAAUUAUUCAAGUCCAAAGAAUAACUUUAUUUUGAAUAAUCAAUGUUAUGAUGAUAAUAUUGUAACUUCUGCUGCAGUAUUUGAUACGCAUAAUAGUAUUUCUGCAGAAAAUAUUUCAAACAAAGUAACAGUUGAUAAAGUUAAACAGGCUUCUAAUUUCCGCAGACCUUUGUUUAAUGCUAUGAUGGCAUAUAACAAUAAUUAUGAAAAUAUAGAAAGCAGUAUAUUUAAUGACAAUUAUGGAAAUCAAGAUGAUAUAAAUAACACUUCAUUAAAUAUUGAUGUUGAAGUAUUACCUCCUGUUAAAACUUCUAGUAUGAGUAACAAUUUAGUUGCUUGCUUAGACAACAAUGAAAUAGACAAAAGUAACAUAUCACAAAUGUUAGUUUUAUUAAAAAACAUAGUAGAAGAUAAUGUUACAACUAUUGCUUAUAUGAAAAGAUUAGAUGGAAGAUUAGACAAAAUUGAAAAGGCAAUGAGGGAUGUGACCUAUGGUCGUAAUAAUGUUAAUCAAUUAGAUGAUGACUUUUUAACACUAUUUCCCAUACCUGAUAUUGACUGUUUAAAAAAUAUUGAAGAAAAAAUUAAAAAUGAUGAAGAAUUUAAACUAAAAUUGAAUAACUUGGUUAUGUCAAUUGAUGGCACAGAUGUGAAAAAUUUUGUAAAACGUACAGCUAUACGUUUAUUUAGUAAUGAUUUAUCUUCUAAGUGUUCUUGGUAUGGUCAUAAAAAUAAUUUUAAACUUCAAAAUCUUGGAAUUAUUAAUAUAAUGAAAGAAAUAUCAAAACAUUAUUUUAAAAAUACAGAUAUUGUUUUUGAGACUAAUAUCAAAGAAUGGUUUAGACAUGGUGCCCAGCGGGUUCAACGUGAUAAUAAAAAUCAUAAUUAGCUUAUAGAUUAUGUUUAGAAGAGAUUUGUAAUUAACAAAAUUACAAAUUGCAUAUGUAUUAUACUAG